AUGGCCAAGUCUCUUUUACCCACCUCCAAGCCACUCAAGGCCACACUUUACAUAUUGGUCCUAGCCAUCAUCCUUGGAUAUGCCAACUCAGCUAGGAUCCUUGAUGAGGCACUUCCUGAAGCAUCCAAUCCUCUCCCAACACCUGUCCCUACCUCAAAUCCUCAGACAAAUCCCACUGCCUCAUUGCCAAGUGGCCAAAUCCCCGCCAUCGCCCCCGCAAUCACAACCGUUAAUGACACGGAGGAUGAUGCUGACUCGCCAAUUCCAGAGACUGAUGUGGCACCACCAGUAGUUCCUCCUGUCACCACUGUACCAGAAGCUGACUCACCACAACCCGAGACUGAGGAACCUACCACCGUGCCAGCACCCAUUCCUGACGUGGCCCCUGUUGCUGGGGCGGCACCCGGUGUAGGUCCUGCUGUCACAUCACCAAGUACCCCAAUCCCAAUCCCCACACCUGUGGCAGGUCCUAUCCCCACAUCACCAACUGGGCCGAACCCAACAGCCGCCGCCGGCUCCACCGUGGCAAAACCAGGCGCCGAAAACCCACAUUUGUCCUUCUUCAUGCACGACAUUCUAGGAGGAUCACACCCAUCAGUCAGAGUGGUCACUGGCCUGGUAGCCAACACAGUUUUCAACGUCCCUUUCUCCAAGGCCAACAACAACAUCUUCCCAGUCAGCGGCGGGACCCCGUUGACCAACAACAACUUAAACGGCUUCCUCGAUAGCAACAAGAACAACAUCCCAAGCAUCGCAGGCCUCACCGGCCUCACCAACUCACAGAGCAGCACAGUGAUCCAGAACAGCGGCAACAACAACGUUGUCAGUGGCGGCAGCAACCAACCCUUCGUCACGGCAGGCCAGCUGCCGACUGGAGCCACUCUCCAGAAGCUCAUGUUCGGCUCAGUGACGGUGAUCGACGACGAGCUGACCGAAGGACACGAGCUGGGUUCUGCCGUACUUGGAAAGGCACAAGGUUUUUACUUGGCAAGCUCGUUGGACGGGAACAGCCACACCAUGGCUUUCACCGUGUUGUUGCAUGGCGAACAUGGCGCACAUGAUGAGGUGGAGGACACCAUAAGCUUGUUUGGGGUCCACCGUACUGCCUCCCCUGUUUCUCACAUUGCUGUGAUUGGUGGGACCGGGAAGUACGAGAUGGCUACUGGGUAUGCGGCCAUUGAGAGCCUUCAUCAGGAGGACCAGCAUACGACUGAUGGCGUGGACACUAUAAUGCAGAUCAGUGUUUACCUCUCUGAAUAG